AUGGUUUUUCUAGAGUCCUUCAAAAUGUCUAGCUCAAAAGCACACCAAGCUCCAUCUCCACCUACAGUAGAGCAAAUUCUCGAAGAUCUGUCAGCAGCAAGUGACGAAGAUGUGAUCUUUAAAUCAGUGAUUCUAGAACAGGGAACUCGAACGAAAAAAGAAGUCAAAGAGGGUAAGUUAGCAGAUUCUUUUGCAAACUUUUCUGUACAGUGCUGUGUAUAAUGAGGCAAUUAAUUGCAUUUUAAAUCUUGUAAAAAUGCCCAAAUGAUCAUGAUAGGAGCCAUAUAUGCAAGGCAGAAACAGAAGAAGUCGUGACUUAGUUAAUGUUUUUCUUGCCAAAAUUGGGCUGCACCCAGCAUGGUUGACAUGAAGACUUAAGGUUCUGGACCCAAGGCUCGAAAUAAUUUCCGGAGAGCCUUCAGACACGAUGACCGGCUAAAUUCAUUUUAGCUCGGUCACUUAUCGUUUCUGGCCGGUCAAAUUUUAACUCUUAAAACAAGGGCCGAUGAACCAAAAAUGGCUUUAUAUAUUCCAAAAAACAGCUAUGGGUUCAGAUAUUUCGCGGGUUCGCGGGGCCACGAAAUUUGUUAGAAAUCCUAUCUAGUACAUGUCGAUACAACAUAAUUGAAACUUAUCUCGGCUAUUGGGGCUGUUAAUUGCCGUCACGUUCAUUCCCACAACGAGCGAACAACGUUCCAAAACUACCAGGCAUAAGUUAUGUUGGGAACAAGUGGGCACUAGUCAUGAUGUUUUAAAAAGCUUUGCCAUUUGCUCAUUUCUCAAGCGCUUUGUAGUUAAAAUAGCAAGUGAUUAUCUCUGUUAAAAAACUUUAAACACGCUCGUCAAAUCAGCGAAAUUUGCCCAGAAAAUUCCACGAAAUCGGCCGUUUUUCCCUGUUGUUUUUUGGCGAAGUUAGUCCCGAAAAUUUCCGCGAAAUUCCCGCGAUAUCAGCCGAUUUUUUCGCGAAUCUCUCUAAAAAUCCCGCUAAACUUGACUUUUUUCUCCGUGACCAAUCAGACGCCCUAUGUUGUUUAACUCAUAAAAGUGAAAAUAUUCUUAAUUUUGUGACCGAAAGCACGUGAACCCCAAUGUCUGUUUCACUGCGCGAAUUGUAAACAACGUUUCUAGUUGUAUUUCACCCAGGAUUUCAGAUCAACGUUUCACAAUGCACAGCAACUCGCUACAUACCUAUAACAAUUGAAACAACUGAAUAAUUUUCAUUUUCAAUACGAUCGAUUGUGACCAGUCAACAUGACCGGCAAGACGAAAAGUUGACUGGUCAACUCCCCAACAAGUCCGGACAUUGUCCGUUGACCGGCCAUUAUUUCGCGCCCUGUGGACCAAAUAUUUUUGUGGGAAUACCUUUUCCAUUUUUAAUUUGAACCUCUUCUACUUAAAGAACUUGGUCUUUGUUGUAAAUCCAUUAUAACACAAGGGAUUAGACAUAGAUUGAACUGUAUUGAGAUAUAUCUUUUUAGGUGAUUUUAUUAUUCGAAUGUCACAUGACAAUGAUGUUACUAUUAUUUUAGCAUUUAAUAGGAUUUCAGCCUUUAUUUGUGUUUUCUCUGGAAAUCCUCUACUCUACAUAUACUUUGAAGUGCUUGCCUUCUGGUUUGCAACAUUUCACAAAAAUCUAUGAGAGGAAUUUCUUUAACCUCCUUAGGGCCAUACUCUGGCCCCCACCUUUCAGCACACUUCAGCAAUAUGCAAAUCAACUAGAUGCUAAAGAUUAUUAUCCAAGAAUCCGUUCUUGAAAUGACUAGAUUUUAACAUUAUUGAAAAUAGUGCUAAUAAAUGGGGCAUGGGGCAAACUAAUGCGAGGAUGGAUUGGUUCAAAUUACAUGAUCUGUGAAAAAAAAGCCAUUUAAUGCUCAUUGACGUUUUCCUUUCAAUUGCAUUACACAGAGGCAGCAAAUUUUCUAAAAGCCCAGCAAAAUGUUGUUUGCUUAGACUCAUCGAGCUGCAGCCAGGAGAAUGCCUUUUUUGAUUCUACAGGCCAUCUGAUAUUAUGUGCUGGUGUGAUUUCGCACAAUAAUUAAUCUCAAAUCACAUCCGAUCGCACAAUUUGAGGAAAAUCACGUAAUUCGUGAAAAAAAAUGCUAAAUUCAAGUAAAGUGAGCAAUGAAUACUAACUUUAAUUAAACAUUUCCCAAUCUUAAAGUUAUUUAAGGUGAUUUACUGCUAAAGAAUGCCUUGCAAGACAUCUGAAACCUUCGAUUGUGGUAUCUGGGCAACCAUUUUGAUUUCAGAGACAAUCAGCAUAGUCAGUGCUGUAAUAUGUAAUAUUAAACAAGUGUCCUUUUUCUUUUCCAGGUCAAAAUAAUUGGACAAAUUUAACUAUCCUAUUUUAAAAUAGAUGUUUUAUUAUUCCUUUACAUUCAAAUUGCCUGUUAAACAACAUUAAAGUGGUUUUUCUCCUUUGAAACCUGGUAAAACAAUGUAAAUUAGCCCCGAAAAAAUCGCAUAAUAGUCCUAUCUUAUCGCACAAUCUACCCUGAAAAUAUCGCACAAUUUCUGAUUUUUUAUCACACCCUAUCAAGUGGCCUGAUUCUAGUUGGAAAGUUCUUUCCUUGUUCUUCAUACCUCCAAAUCAUUAUUUAUUUAUUAUUAUUUGCCACCUCCAGGAGCCUUUGAAACUGUACCUUUUGUUUAUUAUGUUUGUCAAGUUUUUCUCGAUCUUCCUCGUCUCCACAAUGAAAACAAACCCAGAAACAAGUAAAAUGGAUCUCCCCAUCCAACAAAAACCUGGUUACCUUGAGUUGUGUGAAGUGCGCUUUUUUUGUGUUGAUGGAUUAUAAUGUAAGCAUAUCUUUUAGAACAAUAAAUUAUUGUUCGAGAUAGGACAUAAUCUCUUUGCAAAAAACGAAACACAUGUAAAGGGGAUUUUCCAUGACAAAUAUUUUUACUAACGGUUUCGGGUUACUAAGGCUAAUUUUUAGUAACCAAACUUUGAAAUCUACUAACCAUUGUUUAUCGGGUUACCGUUAAUUUUGAGCCCUGUAAGAAAGUAGAGGGAAGGGGAAAGGGUGCUUACUUGGUAAGUUGCUAUCAAUAUAUCUAAUCACAGCUAUUCUGUGAGCUUGCUGUCAGGGAAGGCUGGAACAAGGGGGGCAGUGGUGGGGUUGUUGUUAUGGGGAUGUUUACAUUGAAAGCUUGUUUCCCAUCCACACUGACAAGGCAGCCACAGUGGACACUUGAAACAAAAUUUAAGUUCCUGAUAUGUCAUUGCAAGCUCUCCUCUCCUCCCUUCCCCACCGCUGACCUAGCCCCUCACCUGAUAUUUUGCAGCCUGAUAAAAUCUUCUACUGUUACUAUUUUUGCUGUCUUUUUAGAAGAUGCAGUUGAGCAAACUGUUGAUAGAAGAGAUGUUGCAACAGAAGAUAGAGGAACUAGUGAGGAGAAACAGAUAAAAGGACAAUCAAAUGAGCAAAUUUAUGGAAAAGUUGCUUCAUUUUUGGAACAAUUUAAAUCACUUGAGUCUGCAAAAGAGCAGCUAAAUUGUCUGGAAGAGGAUUUAAAAUUAAAGAAAGAAACUCUUGAAGCGGCCAUCACUAAAGUAGAAGCAGCAUGGAAGGUCAGCAAGAGUGAUGCUUAG